AUGACCAAGAACGAUCCCGUGAACUUGCUCUCUGAGCAGUUCUCACACCUCAAAGCCGACGACCAGGCUUCCGAAAUCUUGUACCGCCGCGCCAACCUCGAGCACCUCGUCGACAACUUAUCGCCAUGGGAGCUCGUCGCUCUCAGGACCAUGGUCAACGCAAGAACACCUCAAAUGAGCUCCAUGUCUGAUCUUCCCAGCGAGCUCGUCUCCAUGGUUGCUGAGUAUCUCACCACGAAGGAUGCCCUGGCCUGCGCCGCCGUCUCCAAGGGAUGGCGCACCGUCUGGACUGAGCCCUCUGUUGCCAAGCACCUGGUGACUACUCACUUCCCGGAACUGUCCGCGCUGCUUUCUCUGCCGUCGUCGCACCCGCACGCCAGCGAUUCACCGUGGGAGACCUUCGUCACCGCCGCAGGCAAGACAAUACCCCGCAUCGAUGGAAAGUUCAUCUCCACGGUUGCCGUGAGCGAGAUGCUCUACGACAUUCUGCAGACCAAAACAUUCGAGAUGGACGAAAAGACCGUCGCGUACGUUGAGGGUGCAAUUGAAAGAGGCUCUCGUCCAUCGGAGCACACUGAAAGGCACUUCGCGUACUCCAGUGGCCGCCUGGCCUGGCAUGUUGACCCCUAUGCCAUAUUCAUCGACGAUCUACGCAAUACAACCAGAUCCCUCGUCACGCUACCGGAUCUGGUGGAAAAGGGCGAGAGAGAUUUUGUAAUCUGGACCAUGACUGAGAAUAUCAUCAUCUUCGUAGACCGCGCCACCGACCGCACCAUGAUCGUCUACCACAUGGAUAAAAAGGAGUUCCGACGCGUCACCCUCCCAAAUCGCGUCAAGAGAAUCACUGCCCAUGCAGAAGCUGCAGUGCUUGAGUUCUCCAUCAUCAACCCAAUCUACGCCGUUCCGCACGUGUUCCGCUGGGGCACCGGGCUCGCGAAGCUGCAACUCCCUCCUUUUACGAGAGAUGCUGAGGAUUAUGAAGACUUGGACCUUGACCGCCCAGAAGGUUUCGUUUUUCACCCGACCGAAAGCAAUGUGAUCUACUACUUUGCACAUGGAGAGGAAGAUCAAGGUUUCGUGGACAGCGAGCUUGAACUCGCCAUUACCGUCUAUAAGUUUGUGGAUUUGAAGUACACCAAGUCGUUCCGGCAUUCGUUCCAUCUACCAGUAUGCGUGUCAAGCCCCGAUUCUGCCUUUGUAUACGUUCGGUACGGCGAGCCAAUCACCUCACAUGGGCUCUACGGCCUAGUCCAGGCUAUCCUCAAUGAAAUGGCCACUCCCGACCUUCCUGUCUUCCGGUACAACUUCGACACGCUCACGGAGACAUUUUCGGAAACCGUCGAGGAGUACGAGCUCGGCAUGCGACGGCCCGUGUGGGGCAGUCCCGAUGGCAGCCCGGAGACGAGCGGCGGCCGCAGGUGGAACGGGCAGACAUAUUACCUGCAGAAAUGGCGGCCGCAUGAGGACGGACCCAGGAUCUACCAGUUCACCGAAUGGGCCGGGAAGGUCUGGGGCUACAGCGCGGUAUGUGUGGCCGACGAGUCUUCGACAUUGGUCCUGGGCCCGCUGCACGAGAAGGUAUUCUAUGACGGUCUGGGGAUCGAAGAAAUCGCCGUCGACGACGAAUUUGUAGUCGGGAUGAGUCCCAUGGGCUACAUGGUCUGGAACUUUGGGGUCCGGGGCGCAGACCGCGAGCCGUGGCAGCUCAACGACGACUCGUCCCCCAUGCUGACGCGCUACACUGACGCCGACCGCCAGUGCCCUAUCAAAGGCUGCAAAGGCCCAGGGUCCGCCAAGGCGUGCUACAUCUGCGGGAUUCUGGCUCGCGAGAUGGAUCAAAUCUCGGGUGUAUAUGCUGCCAUGCAAUCUGCAUUCCAUACGGCUUGGCCUCCGGCAGGUGGCAAUUCCGAUUACGACGAUGAAGAUGAUGAAGAUGACGAUGACGACUUCGACGACGACCUCAUGUACGGUGAUGAUUUUGAUUGA